AUGAUUGAACUACAAUCGAAGCCUCCGAAGCCACUCAGUGGUCAGUUUGACGAUGGCCCUUUGGUAGGCCUAGGAUAUCGGACCGACUCGCAGGAAGGCGUCACUGACAAGCAAGGCCAUUUCUUCUACCGGGAUGGCGAAACGGUGACCUUUUCGAUAGGCAAGCUGUCUAUCGGAUCUGCGAUGGGCAGCCCAUCGCUGACACUGGCCGCGCUUCACAAUGGUGGCGGCGGCGUUGAUGCUGGGCUGGGGAAACCGAGUCUGACUCUUCCAGAGACGGUCAACCGAGCGCGCUUCAUUCAGAGCCUGGCGGCGGAACGCGACCUCCGAAAUGGUGUGUCCAUCGACGAUACCAUCCGCGAUAUCGUGAACACACAUGCGGAUGGGAUUUUGUUUGCUUCCGACAUCAGCACGUUCGAGCAAGCGCCUGCGAUCCGCGAGGUGUUCAGCAAGCUCGGGCGCCGUUUUCGCGGUGCAGAGGAAGCACGCAACCAUCUGCGGCGCGCCCAGGCAGGAAUUAGGGCGCUCAGGGACGUCCGAAUUCCCACCCGCGACGGGAGUUAUCUCGUCGCGGACGUCUUUCACCCCAACGAUGCUGGAAAGUAUCCGGUUCUCCUGGGAGUCAGUGUCUACGGUAGAGCGUUUCAGAUUGGGUCGAUCCUCAGCGACGCAGACUUUGAGGCAAGUGAGAAGCGUGAAGCCGCCUGGUAUGAGACAGACCGAAGCCACAUCGUCCCCUCCUUUCGAUUGUCGGAAAAUGCGGCCAGCGGCAAUGCCAGUACCUGGGUACCACUCGGCUAUGCCAUGGUACGGGUGGAUGAGCGCGGUGUAGGCCAUACCCCGGGCACAUUGAAUCCUUUCUCGAAGCAAGGGGCACUCGACUAUUUCGAUGCCAUUGAGUGGGCGGCCAAGCAGCCAUGGAGUGAUGGCAACGUCGGCACCUAUGGUGCCUCGUACAAUGCAACCAUCCAGUGGAAUGUAGCUGCACUGCACCCGCCUUCCUUGAGGGCCAUGGCUCCGAUUUCUGGGGAUGGCGGUUACCGCGACCUUGCAUAUCCUGGCGGGAUCUUCCUCGAAAAGUACCGACACCAGUGGUGGAACGACAUAGUACUGCCGAUCAAGAAUCCCAACGGCGACGCUGUGGACUUCCUCGGCGGACUUCGAAGCCACCCUUGGGAUGACGAGCACUAUCACGGUGAUGGGAUCCUCUCUGCCGAUUUUGCCAGCAUUGACACUCCCGUGCUGACGGCAGUGAGUCUAACUGGUUUGAUUCACGCUCGUUCCGGGUUCGAAGCGUUCUCGCACCUCUCCUCACGCGACAAAAGGCUGAUGGUCAUGGACGCCUCUUACUCCGCCUAUAUGUUUGAGGACUUCCAGCCUGACGUGAAGGCUUUUUUCGACCAGUACCUCAAAGGGAAGAAGCCGCCGCAGGAGCCGCCAGCUGUGGGCAUAGUGCUUCGCACAGGGGAUGGAGGGUGGGAGCGCUGCAAUGCAUCGACCUGGCCUCUUCCCGACACGGAGUACCGGGAGCUCUUUCUAGAAGCCGGCUCGAACGCGAGCGGUGGCCAAAUUUCCGCUCGCUUACCCGACCAGAAAGGAAUUGUCGAAUAUUCAGCCGAUGUGCAGGAUUGGGCCAAGCCCUUACCCAUGGCCGUUUUCGAGUCGGCUCCGUUGGAUGAAGAACUCGAAUUGGUGGGUCAUUUCCGGGCAACAUUGUGGGUGUCGUCCACGUCGGCUGACGCCGACGUCUUCGUCGCGGUUCGUGUCAUGGAUGGGGAGCGAGAGGUCCUGUACCGCACGCGUGAGACGGGGUCUGUCAGCCCGCUGACCUGGGGAUGCCUCAAGGUGUCCCGUCGGGCGACCGAUCCCACGCUCAGUACGCAGGAACGGCCGUGGCAUACUCAUCGGCGCGAGGAUGCUCAACCCCUCGUCCCAGACGAAGUGGUGAGGAUUGAUGUGGAAAUCAUGCCAGCCACCGGACGUGUGCAGAAAGGCCAUCGACUCCGCAUCGAGAUCUCGCCGGUUGAGGGCCCCGGACGCGUGCUAGGGCGUGAACGCGCGUACGACGAAUCGUAUCACCGUGGCGCCAUGAAUCGCGUCUAUACCGGAGGAGUGACUCCCAGCUCCAUUACAAUUCCUGUUGUGCCUCGUCAACACAGCUAG